AUGGCCGCUUUCAUCGAUCCAAAGUUUGCCACAGCAGUGUCUUUUUACAAUCUCACUCCAGGAAACCAGAUACCUUACGAUGUUUCCGACCAAGUCCUACUUUCCUACAAUCGGCCUCCAGUAUUCACGCCUUCCAUCAUGGAAUUCAUAAAGGCUCUUUUAAGAAAGGACAAGGCCGACAACGCUUACCGAUUUCCAGAACGAAACUGCCUUUCACCAGUCAUAACAACAUCUACAACAACUACUAUCACAACAACGACAACACCUACCCCUGUGAAUACUCCAUCGCUGUGGGAAAUGCUUCUGAAAAUCCUGCAGUCUGAACUCGACACGAGAACAUCAACGACGACAACGAUUGCCCCGACAACAACAACUACCAUUCCUACGACAACCGAGAUGCCAAUCUGGAAACUUCUCCUCGAAAAACUUCAAGGCAUCCUACCGACAACAGCCACGUCCAUCACAGUAACCGGUGGCACAAUUGCUCAGGUGUCACCAACGCAAACAUUGUCAGCAACAACGCCGUCACUUGGAUAUGACCAGUCAACGGCGUUCAUAUAUUUGGAAACGACCAAUACAUCGGAGUUCGAUAACCUUACCUUUGAAAAUAAAACCGAAGCAAGUGCAACUUUCGACAACAUCACGGAGUUUUCCCUUAACGGCCACCAUACUCCAAUUAGUUUUGAAGCCAUGUCAGUAACACCAGCGAACGGGGUGCCAGAUUUGCUCUCAACUGUGUCACAACUGACAAACAACAGUGAUGCAUAUACAAAAGUUUUAGCCGAUAUGAUAAAAGCUAUAGAAAAGGAACUUGCAUCCAGGAAAGGCGAGCAAGAGGACAAGGCGAAUAAGUCCUCGAGCGAACAAGUAACCACUGACAAUUUUCUCAGCAUAACGCAAACAAUGACAGAAAACAAACGACAUAUCAACUAUGAAAUGUCGACUCCAUCAACAUUGUUUGAAGGAACAACCUCUGUCGUGGAUAACAUAUAUAGCACAUUAGAGACUCCAGUGAACACGCAUAGGCAAAUGCAGGAGCAGGAAGUAACCAAUGUUGUGAAUAGCUACUCCGGUGCAACGCAGGUACCCAACCCGAUUGCACGGUCAGCUACAGUCCCAAUCCCUUUCGACAAAAUGUUUGGUUUGUUCCCCAACACAGGUCAAGACCGUUCGAAUUUGCCGACAACAAAGGCAUACGACUGGAGUAUAACAACGCCAAUAAAUACAACCCCACCUCCUCCAGCGUCCACGCAACUUCCUAAUAUGAUCGUUCAGCUGAUGGAAAGAAUCGGAUACACGCCAAUGGCCCCAACAGCUCAAUCAGACGUUAUUGGAAGUGAGCAAAGUGAAAUAGAAUCGCUCUUACAGAUUAUGAAUUCAGAUCCCCAGUCCAGAAGAAGACAAGCUGUUUACGGAUUACUGUCUAGCAAAGAAUCUAAUCAAAACGGAAACCGAGAUGUCAACUUGAACUCUUUUAAAAGCAAAUCAUCUGGGUACACCACUAUCACAACAAAUCCGAUAGUGUUUGGCAAAGGUAGUAAAGAAAUAGUGAAUAAUCGAACCCCAAGUUCAACUGUAACUUCAGAUAGAAAUGACACAAUCAAAAGUGUUUUACGUGAUUUUCACCCUCAACCAGAGGAGAUGACGUCAGCGAUAUAUUUAACUGAGGAUGUGACGUCAGCGAUACUGGUAACAGAGGGCGUGACGUCUGCGACAGAAUUAACUGCUGAAAUACAAUCAACUAUAAAAAACGAAAGUACAAAAACGCUUGAAUCCAUGCCUUCAGCCAUUUCGAAUCAAUCGGUCUGGCAACAAAACAACAAAGAGAGUUCCACUGAAAUUCACUUGGGUUUCGUAACAUCAUCUAUAGGGAAAGCCAAGCAGAGGGUUCAAUCCAUUUCCACCAGCAGACCAGAAGAAGCAACAAAGGCGGUGACAAUGGAAACGACGUAUGACAUGAAAGCUCAAGGUCGGGCGAUUGCAACCACGCCUUCAAGUCUGUCAGGGACCAACGUCAAUCAGCGUUCAAGCGAAAAACCUUCUACAAGACUACGCAAUAAUCAGGUUAACUACAAACGAUACUCUUAA